UAUUUAAACCCUCUAUCUUACCUUAUCUCUACAUCUUAUUUCUGGUGAAGUUUUAACACCUGUCGUGUCGUCCAUUCUAUCUGAAUAUCUCUCUUUUAACGUCAACCGGUCGAUCCAUCAACAUGCUGUCCUACGCCAUCUUCACCGUUUUGGUUCUUGCGAUCUCUGCUACCCCGGUAGUCUACAAAGAUUGUGGUUCUGUAAAAGGAUCGAUUAAUUCGAUCGAUGUUUCAUCAUGUGCAACGGAGCCAUGUCAGUUUCGACGAGGUACCAACAUCUCCGUAACUAUUAACUUUAAAGCUAAUGAAGCUGUGACUGGUGCAACUACGGUAGUACAUGGUAUUAUUGCUGGUGUACGAGUUCCAUUUCCCGUCCCAUCUGAUGCUUGCAAAAAUAUGGCCUGUCCCAUUGCUAGUGGCGCUUCAGUAUCUUAUACUAACGUUGUCUUCGUUCAACCCGUCUAUCCCGAGAUUCAAUUAGUUGUACAGUGGGAGGUUAAAGAUCAAGCUGGCAACGAUUUGGUUUGUUUUGUGAUACCUGUUCAAAUCACGAGUUAAGAACGACAACCCUACAAAAAAUAAACCGUUUCAAUAUA